ACGCCAUCACUACUCCGCGCUUUACUACAUAUUGUUUUGUGUUUACUGUUUAUAUCAAUGAAGAUAUAAUAUUAUACCACAAAUAAUUAAGAAUGAUUUGAAUUAUUUUCAAACGUUUGGCACUCUGGUAGUUGUGCAUGGUGUAACUUAAACUUGAUCUGCUCGUAAUAGUGUUCUGACUGUUUUUAAUUAUACUGUGCCAGCAAUUAAUUAGGAAAUUCGAUAUAUUAUAAAUUUUGAAUGAAUAUAAAAUAUAUUGUUAUUGAAUGGUUAUAUAUUCAGAAAAGAUGAAUGAAAAUUUAUUUUAUUAAUAUACUUUCAAGGAAAAACAUUUAUAUUUUAGUGUAAUCCAGUGUAACAAAUAAUGUGUUUUGGAUAGUACGAAUAUUUUUAUUCUUUUAAUAAUUUCAAAUAACAAGUUUUUAUAAUCAUAAAAUUCAAUAAAAUUACAAAAUGUGUUGGAAAAGUAGAGGUCAAACAGAAGCAACGGAGUAAGAUACAGUCGUUGUUCCAAUAUCUGAAGAUAGGAUGGUUUUGCAAAAAGUUACUGGACGUUUUUUGAAAGGUUUCAGUAAUGCGGCAAUUAAACGAUGUAAUUGUAAUAACAAGACUCAAAAUCGACUGUAUGGUACAGUAUCAAGGCUUACACCUCAAGAGGUCACUGCUAUUUUACAAGCUAAUGAAUUUACCAAAGAAUUUACUGGUUCAUCUUCUGUAAAGUAUUACGAUUCUAAUCAGUUGGCAUCUAAUAAUCCUAUAGAAGAUACACGAUCUGAAGCACAAUGUUUAUUGACUAAAGGUUUGUUAUUGGGAGUAUUCGAUGGUCAUGGCGGUGGUGCCUGUGCACAAGUAAUAUCAAAACGGCUGUUCCAUUAUAUAUCUGCAUGUUUACUUCCUCCUAAGCUAUUAAGGCAAUAUUUGGAUUCUAUUAAUUCCAAUAAAGAAUUAGAACUAUUAAAAACUUUCAAUGAUAAAGUAGAGUUAGUUUCUGAAAUAAAAGAUCUUUAUCGAGAUAGCUUUUUAACAUUUUUAAAGGAUCUAAUGCAAACUGGGUCUAUAAAAGAGUUUCAAAUGGAAGCAGCAUUGGAAAAUGCAUUUGUCAGAUUAGAUAAUGAUUUAUCUAAUGAAGCUUUAUUAAAUUUACAUAAUAAAGAUUCAGUACGAACACUUACAGUUGCUAUGUCAGGAGCUGUAGCAGCUGUAGCACAUAUAGAUGGUCCACAUUUGCACGUUGCUGGUGUCGGAGAUUGUCAAGCAGUGCUCGGAGUACUUUCAGAAAAUGAUGUGUGGUCAGCAAAAGUAAUGACUAAAGAACAUAAUAGUGAUAAUCGAGCAGAAGUUGAAAGAAUUUUGUCAGAGCAUCCACUGCAAGAGAAAUCUACUGUGAUAAAAAUGGAACGACUACUUGGACAAUUAGCACCUCUUCGUUCUCUUGGAGACUUUCAAUAUAAGUGGAAUAAAAUGAUUAUGAAGCAAGUAGUAGUGCCAAUCUUUGGCGAAAAUGCAAUACCGCCAAAUUAUCAUACACCACCAUACUUAACAGCAAAACCUGAAGUAAAGUAUCAUAGGUUGACACCUAGAGAUAAGUUUCUGAUAAUAGCAAGCGAUGGAUUGUGGGAUUUAAUAUCACCUUUACAAGCUGUACGAUUGGUAGGAGAACAUAUUAGUGGGAAAGUUACAUUAAAUCCAUUGAGAUUACCUCGCAAAAACAUGAAAUUAUCUGAUAUUAAUGAAAUGUUACUUCAGCGUAAAGAAGGCUUAAAAAAGAAACCUCUUGAUAGUAAUGCAGCAACACACUUAUUGAGAAAUGCUCUUGGUGGUACAGAAUUUGGUAUAGAUCAUGGGAAAUUAUCACAAUUAUUAACUUUGCCAAGUAAAGUGGUACGAAUAUUUCGUGAUGAUAUAACAAUAACUGUCGUUUAUAUGGACUCUGAAUUUUUAAGGCACUGCCCGCCAUGACUACGUAUCUUGUUAUUUUUCUACAAGUUACAGAAAAGAUUUAAUCCGUUGUAAAUUCUCCCUUUAUUACAAUGUAUAGAUUGUUAUUUAUGGCAAUAACAAUAAACAUGAUUUACACGGGGA